AUGAUCCCAGCAUGUUUCAGCAAUCCCAGCACACUCUCGAGUACCUCUCAAGUGCCUCAAAAUCUCGUUACUUGCAUUUACCAAACUCAACUCUGCAACUCACCAACCUAUCUCACGCUCACUUGGUCAAAAUCUCUCUUCUCUCACUCCCUAACCAUCUACGCUGCUGAUUCUUUCUCCAUCACCAUCUCCUUAUACCCAUCAUCCUUUUCUUUCUUUAGAAACAAACCAGGCUCCAAAUCCCUCUACCUGACCCAGCACCAUCACCAAAGAAUCAAGCUUUACUGGGACUUUACUCGAGCUGAGUUCUCUCACAACUCGGCUGAGCCCGAAUCUCGCUUCUACAUUGCCAUCUCCUGCGAUGCAAGAUUAGAAUUCUUUCUUGGUGAUCUUUACUCCGAGCUGACUCGGAGAUCCGGGUUGGUCAUGACUCGCCAACUCGGUCAUGAGCCGGCUUUGUUGUCUCGGAGGGAGCAUGUGUUUGGACGCAAGAGCUAUGUGUCCAGGGCUAAUUUCUUGGGGUCCAAGCAUGAAAUUGGGAUAGAGUGUAGUGGGGGCAUGCUUGUAGUUAAAGUUGAUGGCGAAAUUAGUCUUGUUAUUAAGAGGCUGGCAUGGAAAUUUAGAGGCAAUGAGAGAAUUUAUGUUGGUGGGCUCGAAGUUGAGUUCUUUUGGGAUGUGUUCAAUUGGGUCAACAACAAUGGUCUUGGUGGUGGUGCUCAUGGUCACGGUGUGUUUAUUUUUCAAGUCGGUGAUGGUGGUGUAUGGCCUCAAAUGGCUGGUCCAGAGAAGAGAUUGAUGAGGAAGAGUAUGUCCAUGGUGGGCCCCACAUCGACUCCGCCGGCACUGUCGUUGUCAUCACCUUCCCCGUCGUGCUCUAGUGUGCUGCAAUGGGCGGAGGAGAGUAGUGAUUGUGGGAGAAGUUCAUGUUCUUCAUCUACUUCUAGGUCGUGUGGGAGCAAUAUCGGAGGGUUCUCUUUGUUGUUGUAUGCUUGGAGGAAGGACUGA